GCAUGCUGGAUCACUAGGUCUGCUGUUAAAGACAGAAUGUAAAAAAAAAAAAGGGAAAAAAAAAAUAGGGAAUUUGGCCAGUUCUGUGCUUAUUUGCUUCCCUUCCAGCUACGAUCAGAUUGUCCUUCUCUCUCUCUCUCUCUGUUUAAGUGUGACACAUCACAUUCAUUCCAGGAGGGAUUGCUUGUCUGAUUAGUGGGUUUAACCAGCUUGAUUUUGUGGAUGGAUUUUGUCUACUGCAUCAAAAUGCACAUCACUCUUCCCAUUUCGAUCCUGUUUCUGGUGCUGGUGGAUAUCAAUAUUGCAGAGGCCGAUCCUGUAAUCGCCUUCCAUGAAAAUAGAGAGAAAGAUGGCAACUUGUGUAAUGAACAUUUGAGGCUGCAUCAACGCUUAGAUGUCAUAGAGGAGCAAGUGGAAAAGACUGUGGAAAAUCUGUAUUCAGAGAUGAAUUCAUUGCUGGAGUCUUUAUCAGCGGCAUCAUGGGCACUACCAGUCAUUCCUGGCCCCCCUGUCUUGGAUAUAUUUGAGGAGGAUUCCAGAUAAUGAUGAUUUUCCACACACCCUUAUCUGACACAAUCUCCCUCCUUCGUCACACAAUUUCAUAGUCUUUUCUUAUGUGCACUUUGUGAUUUAUAGAAGUUUUAUAUGAAUAAAAAAAACAAAAA